ACCAUUCCCAACAAGGAUAUCCACUCACGAGUGUAAACUUUCACCUCAUCUCACCCCGCAUCUUUAGCAUUAGUCUCUUUUAUCAUCAAAUUACAAGGACACGUGCAUAUUCUACAGUGAAGUGUGUGCAUACCACUGGAACUGAGGCAUGUGUGCAUACCACUGGAACUGAGGCAUGUGUGCAUACCACUGGAACUGGGGCAUGUGUGCAUACCACUGGAACUGAGGCAUGUGUACAUACCACUGGAACUGAGGCAUGUGUGCACACCACUGGAACUGAGGCAUGUGUGCACACCACUGGAACUGAGGCAUGUGUGCAUACUACUGGAACUGAGGCAGAGAGGAAAAAAGUCUUGUUUAGAUGGCCUGCUUGAGGAAUAGAUGGCCUGCUUGGGGAAUAGAUGGACACCUUGAGGAAUAGAUGGCCUGCUUGGGGAAUAGAAGGCCUGCUUGGGGAAUAGAUGGCCUGCUUGGGGAAUAGAUGGACCUAAUUACCACAAAUUGAGUGCCCAUCCCACCUUUGCACCUCUCAUCCUUCAUUUCUGGUGUAAAGCCAGUUGUGAGAAUAAAAAUGACCAGCUAAUGCUUUUAGCAGCAGUUACCGGUGCUGACUUUGACAAAUGCUAUCAGCUUCCUUUUAUACACAUUCAGUUUCAUUUAGGCAUAGCUAUAUUCCACUUUACUUCAAUGAGCACCUAAUAUCACAAAUAUUUCAUUAAGAAAAUAUAGAUUUUUGAAAAGGACAGACAUUUUCUGUGGCAUAACUCCAAUGACAUGUAUUUUCCUUCUGACUCGUCUCUUUACAGCUAGUUCAUGUGUUUCCCUUGUUCAGAUGUUUCUGGUGGUUGUUCUGUGAGCGCUUGGCUGAAGCUGGAAAGGAUCCACUCUGAAGCAGUGUCUGUGACAAGCCAUCAUGGUCCGCCUCACCAUGGAUCUGAUUGCCAAAUCCAGCAACCAUUUCAAAAACAAGAGAAGUUACUCCCUCCCAACGUACCUUAAGAAACUCACUCACCUGAACUUCUCCAACAGGAACAUAGAGGACAUUGACGAUCUCUCCACGUGCAGAAACCUCACAGUCCUCUAUCUGUACGACAAUCAGAUUAGCCAGAUCUGCAACCUGGGUUUUGCCUCCAACCUCACUCACCUAUACAUGCAGAACAACAACAUCACUCAUAUAGAUAACCUCUCCAGCCUGCAGAAGCUCUCCAAACUGUACCUGGGGGGAAACAGCAUCACGGUGGUGGAGGGGUUAGAGGAGCUGGGGGAGCUGAAGGAGCUCCACAUGGAGGGCCAGAGACUCCCCAGUGGAGAGAAGCUGCUCUUUGACCCCAGGACUCUCCUCUCCCUCGCUGAAUCUCUAGGUGUCUUGAAUAUCAAUAAGAACAACAUAGAUGAUGUCAGAGAUCUCGCUAUUCUAAAGAAACUCACACAUUUCUUUGCUGCUGACAACCAGCUACAGGACAUGCAGGACUUAGAGUUGGUGUUCAGCCAAUGGCCUCAGCUGCAUCGAAUGGAUUUGAGUGGAAAUCCUGUGUGCCACAAACCCAAGUACAGAGACAGGCUGAUAACUGUGUGCAAAUGCCUGAACGAACUUGAUGGGAAGGAAAUUAAUGAGUUGUCCAGGCAGUUCCUGAUUAACUGGAAAGCGUCGAAAGACGCCAAAAAAAAACUGAAAGAUGAAAGAAUUAUGACUGGCCAGAUCACAGAUCCCUUUACUGCAGACUUCCACAUGGGCCCCCAUCCUUCAUCCAAAUAUAACUACGCCAACGUCCUGGGAAAGAGGAAUCCUCCGGGGUGUGGGAGACCCAGCAGGAAGGUCCGCUCAGAACACUCACAACUGGACAGCGCAGCAAUGAGGCCACGGACCGUGAAGAUCCCAGUGAGUGCGGGGCUGCUUAGUGAUGUGGCCGACAAUGCUAAAGUCUGUGGCCUGUGAGACGGACAUGCCAGCUCUGCUAACACACACACACACACACACACACACACACACACACACACUCUGAUGACCCUCUAACACACACACACACACAUUCACUCUGGUGACC